GAUCCGGGAGGUGAGACUGUGACUCAGUCCGGACACACGGGAAACAUGCCUGCGUCACAAUCUGGAUUUGGAAACUUCUUUUUGGAAAGAACCGUCGGCGUUCCGGUGGGAUACCACGUCCCGGUGCUCGCGUGCCCACCGGGUGUGCAGCAGCAACAGGCUCAGCAUCUGGCCGCAAUGGCAGCUGGGAUUCCUAUCGCUUACUCAGGACUACAGGGGUACAACUUUAUCCCCUACCCGCACCACAGGCACGUCAUGAAUAACGGUUUCGAUUUGAAGACUGCUUCUCCCUUCCAACACGCGCUGCUGGCUCGUGGGGGGCACUUCUAUCCGCCUUUCCGCCCGGGGGCAGCCGAGGAGCCCGGCAGGGUCGCCAAAGUCGCCACCCGAGAGAGCACCGGAGCGCUGAAAGCCUGGCUGAACGAGCACCUGAAGAAUCCUUACCCGACCAAAGGCGAGAAGAUCAUGCUGGCCAUCAUCACCAAAAUGAGCCUGACGCAGGUCUCCACCUGGUUCGCUAACGCCAGGCGGCGCCUGAAGAAGGAGAACCGGGUCAGCUGGGCGACCAGAGGCAAAUCGGACGAGGAGGACGAGGAGCAGGAGAGUGACGAAGAGGAGAGCUCCACGCAGAAAUGCCAUUUGACGGAGGAGGAGGGGGCUCGUGCCGAGGCCGAGGGCGCGCGUGUGGAAGGCUCGGCACCUGCCGACGCGCGUUUGGAGACGCAGCAAAGCGGCGCGCACGAAGGCGGGGAGAUCGAAUUCAGAAAGAAAGAUGACAAGACUGAGCGUGAGUGCACGCGACCAGCUGUGGAGAGUAAAGAAGGUGCGUCUGGUCAGAAACCCAAAAUCUGGUCUUUAGCAGAGACGGCUACUUCAGGGCCGGCGAGGAAAUCCGCGGACAGUUUUUACCUCCCUGACGGAGCAGGAACUCUGUGGAACGACUGGGCUUCAAAAAACACCCUGUUCGUCCGGGCCUGCGGAACACGCACGCACCACGCGCUCUAAUAAGCGCGCGUUUAGAUGCAAGUUACUGACACUUUGCGCAUGUUUUUGCACUUUAAACUGUGAUGCCUCACUGACUCCUGAAGUGAGGAUCUGAUCUCAGACCAAAGACCAACCACGUGUUCUGUUUUUGUACAUAAAUGUAUUUUUCCACUUUAUGGAAAUGAUCAUUACUUUGUGUCAUCACGAAGAAAUAUUUUUGCUUAAAUAAACGUCAGCUUCUACUGUUUUAAAAAAAUGCAGUAAUUCAUCUUAAA